AUGUGUGGAGCAAUUGAAGCGGAACCGAAUGAAUAUCUAAUAAUGAAUUUUCCAUUAGAACGAACUUUCUCAUACUUGCUGUACGUGAAAAUAUUUCUAGAACAAAGUACGAAAGCUUCUUCGAUAAUUUAUGUGGAUGACGUGAUGAUGAUGAUAAAAAGAAGCAUCAGCAUACUUGACAUCGGCAGAAAAAAGCUUUCGCGUAAACAUAAAUACAACAUUAGGAAAAGUACAACAAAGCCGCUGAUGUUCGUUGUUGCCAAAUUUCCUCUUUCUUUACUUCAGAAGCUUAUUCAGAAGCUUUUCACACUGCGGAGAAAAAGAAAGAUUUCUGACGUAUUCGUCUUCGCUGCCGUCACUUAUGCUGUGAGUAUAAUGAGAUGGGUUUUUUAA